AUAAAACCCCACAGGAAAAUCCCAAGGGAACCCAUUGCGAAUUUUCCUCCGGGUUUUUGAACUAGAAGCUGAACAGCUCUAUCCCACCCACAACUGUAUCUCUGUUACCAUGGAAGCAACCCUAUGUAAACAAGAUGGAGAAAGACAGCAGUGCAGCCUUUCCGGGUGAAAUCGCGGAAGAAUUUCGCACUUAUGAAGACUUCUUAGAUUCUCAGAUAAACCAUUCGGAUCUAUAUUACCUUGAGGGUCAGGAUCUGGCCCGCCAGCUGGUGGAGCUGGGCCACAAGGGUAGCAGUUUGGAGAGGGAGGAAUUUGAGACAAGGAAAGCAGCUGCCGAGGCCUCCAGGCUUGCUGCAAGGAGCCAACAGAAGAAGCUGGCAAAUGCAGGAAAAGAGCUCAAAGAUAACUUCCUGAGAGCCCUGGCAGAGCGGGAGGAGGCCAACCGCAGUGGGGAAAUUACUUCCAUCAUUUUCAUAAGGGACCGAAAUUCUCAUGGACAGGAAAUAUCUGGGUAUAUAGACUACUCCCACCGACUAAAAUCUGAAGACUUUGAACCAUAUUUCAACGGAAAGAAAAGGCUUCUGCCAAGAACAACUGACUUAAGCUUCUACAACUGGGAAACACAGGUGGCUAAAUACAAUGCCAGCUCAAACUAUGAGGUGAUCACAGAGAAUCAAAGUGGUUUGCUCUUCAAGAACAAUGAUGACAGAAAAAUCUUGAAUGUUGACCCAGAGGCAUCACCUGGUGACAGCUCUGUCCGCAUUCCUGUCCAUUCUGACCUAUAUGUGCAUGUUGUCAUUUAUGACCACAUUGCCAGAAAACCCGCGACCAGUUCCUGUGCACCACUCUCCAAUUAAAUUUGUAUUAAAGAGCACUUGAAGACUCUAAUUUGUUUUAGUCAUAUAUCCUUUUGCCUUCAUAUUGUGCACUACAUCUGGAUGUGUAGAUCGGCAGAGCUACUUGCUUUUUGAUGUUUAGGUUUUGAUAUUAAAUGAGUUUAAAGUUAUUUAGCAAUGUUUAAAUGAGUAUGCUCUGAUUUAUUUUAUGUUGUGUUAUAAAUUUCUUAAUAAUCGUUGUUAGAAUUUAAAAUACUUAAGUUUUGCCUGACAUUGGUUGAUCUCUAAUUAUCUAUAUAUUAGAAGGCUAAGCCAUUUUUCAUCUCUCUGAAAUAUCUGAUGAUGCAGCAACUUACAUGGGAACAUGAGCUUCUAAAACAACUUUGUUUGUCUGAACAGAUCAAAGAUAAUGGCCGUUAAAGGCAUUGGGGUUCUUUCAUGUCCCCCAUGACUGCUUGCAGCUUCAUUAUGACUAAAAACUCCCAUUCCAUGUUAUUUCAGAUCCCAAGCUACUGUAGAGAGUGCCGGAAUUUAGAUAUCCAUCAGUCAAUAGUGCCUUUUGUCUUAGAGAAGGGUUGGGAGUUUACAAAAAGGAGUCAGCAAGAAAUUGCUA